GAUGAGUGAGAGGUUUGGGUCACCGUCAGAAUGCAGAGUAGAGAUUUAGAGUUAAUAUUUACCCAAGGCAAUCCAGGAAGAAGUAGUGACAACUGUGGCUUUUCUGGUGGUUUGAUGAAGGAUAGAUAUUGAAGGCAGUUUAUAGGAAGACUAUCAACAGAAUUCAACUUCAGUGGUGAGAUCUGCAUUAGGUGCUUAAAUACAACUUGAAUUAACCACUAGAUUUUUUAAAGAAUGCUUUAGGCACACAGAGACUGUACAGAGCAAAAUGAGUUGUUUUGCUUUAGAUAGUGGAAUCGGUAGACUGAAGAGCAGGUAGCUAGGCAUAACCAAGCACAGUCUGUCAGUGCUCUCUCCACCCAUCUCUGCUUGAAGAAGCAUCACAUGCAGACAGCCAUGAAAUUCAACCAGUGUGUGCAACCGCAAGCUCCGGAGAACAGUGACAACAAAGUGUGGAAAUGGCACAUUCAGGACCCAGCCAGCCAGAGACUGACAUGGAACAAGCCUCCCAAAAGUGUCCUUGUCAUCAAGAAGAUCCAGGAUGCCAGUCUACUGCAGCCUUUCAAAGAGCUCUGUGUGUUUCUCACAGAGAAAAACAUGAUUGUUUACGUGGAGAGGAAGGUUCUAGCUGACCCAGUCAUCCAGGCCGAUGAGAGCUUUGUGGCCGUCAUCCAGAAGUUCUGCACCUUCAGAGAAGAUCUCGAUGACAUUUCCAAUCGAGUGGACUUCAUCAUCUGUCUUGGUGGAGAUGGGACCUUACUUUACGCAUCGUCACUCUUCCAGAAGAGUGUUCCACCUGUUAUGUCCUUCCACCUGGGUUCUCUGGGCUUCCUCACGCCUUUCAACUUUGACACGUACCAGUCUCAGGUCACCCAAAUCAUUGAGGGUAACGCCGCCAUCAUCCUGCGCAGUCGCCUGCGAGUGGUGAAGGAGAGCCGAGAGAAGAACGCCCGGGUGGACAAGAAGGGCAUCAUCAUGACCAACGGAGACAGCGAGGGCAGCCGCAAAGCCAUGCAGUACCAGGUGCUGAAUGAGGUGGUGGUGGACAGAGGCCCGUUCUCCUACCUUUCCAACGUGGACCUCUUCUUAGACGGACACCUCAUCACCACGGUACAGGGAGACGGUGUGAUCGUGUCGACUCCCACGGGCAGCACUGCGUACGCGGUAGCAGCCGGAGCCUCCAUGAUUCACCCCAACGUGCCGGCCAUCAUGAUCACCCCCAUCUGCCCCCACUCACUGUCCUUCAGACCCAUAGUGGUGCCUGCUGGGGUGGAACUCAAGAUCAUGCUGUCACGUGACUCCAGGAAUACAGCCUGGGUGUCAUUCGAUGGGAGGAAGAGACAAGAGAUCUGCCAUGGAGACAACAUUACCAUCACUACUUCCUGCUUCCCCGUUCCCUCCAUCUGUUUCCAGGAUCCCAUGAACGACUGGUUCGAGAGCCUGGCACAAUGUUUACACUGGAAUGUGAGAAAGAAGCAGAACCACUUUAGCUCCAAGGAGGACGUGUUCUGACGCCAACAACCUCGCCUCCCCGUGACACCAUUCUCAUAGUACACCAUAGUACACCAUUCCAGAUGCACAGAUUCUGUGCAGUUCUUCAAAAAUCAAAUUCGAUCUUUACAAUACCUGGACAAGUGUUUAACAUACCACGGCAAAAUGAUAUAGCGAUCCUAAAUCUGGAACGCACCCUUUGACUUCAGUUGGAUUCCAUCAGGUCAAUUUGCAAUCAACAUCCUCUGGAGAUUAAUUUGUUUUGGUUCUAGAUCAUCCCUUACUGUUAAGAAUUUCACACCCUUUUAAAAAGAUUGUUGAAAUGGUAUUUUUAUGCCAACAACCAGAUUCUCAUGUCUGACUGAAAACAAUCCAGGUUAAAGUUAACCUGUUAGACAAAGUAAUACUGAGCUACGGAUCAACCCCAAGCUUCUCAACAUAUAACACAGAUAUAAUGACUGUUGUCAGUGGGGACUUUUAUCAAGAACCAAUGUUCUUGGGGAUAUGGAGUUGAAAAUGUAUUUUAUAGUAAUGAUUGAAGUUUUGAUACAAUCCCUAAAAUAAAAUGUAUUAUUACUACUUCAGGAAUAGCAGAAUUGCUUCUACUCUGCAAUAAUGAAAUAAAUGUAUAGAUUGUGCCUUAAACUGGUAAAUUAUAUUAUCAUAAUCAAUGAAGGUUUACAUAACUUUCAUUUUCUUAAAUCGGAUUUACAUCUUAGUGCAGGUGUAACAUAACCAUAUCUUCAGUAUUCCUCAUAUUCAAGCUUCUCAAAUGGCUUGUACAAAUGUUAAUCUUAUAUUAAUGUUGUGUAUCUUAACUAAUCUGUCUACAACAACAACGCUGUGGUGUCUGACCGUGUGUAAUGUCAAAAGAGUAUGGCACGAACAUUAAGAACUGAAGUCCAUUCCAGGUAAGAUGAGACCACAACUCGAUGUCUUCAUAGCCUUUCACUAUAAAGCCAUAGCUCUACUAUGUUAUUCGUUUCAUAGUCAAGUGGGAUGCAUAAGGUGAUUCCAUUGUAAUUCUAUUGUUUACAAUCAAAGUGAUUGUGAGUUUACAGGGUUUUUAUUCACCCCGGGUUUUUGAGUUUUGUUUUUGCUUUUGACAUGGGAGGCCAGGUAUGUGGACUUUCGCCCAUUAAUGAAUUAUUGAAUAAUUAGUUCAGUUGGUGAGGUGAUAAGUAGAUUCUGGUGUAGUGUCUGGAAGGACCUAAACCCUGCUGUGCCACUCCAGGACCAGGGUUAUCAACCCCUGACCUAUGGUGUCUGACUGUUAUUGCAGUAUGCUGAGAGAUUGAAGGCAUUCAGAUUCUACAAGGUAGUGGCCUGCCUUACCAAAUGAGACUGCAACACUCACCCCACUUAUUGACAAGCUCUGAAAUACCGACUUGAUAAAAUGUUAUGGUGUGAGGGUUUUUCUUCUAUCUUACAGACAAAUUAUAGUGUACGAGUUUACUACGUACAUUGUGUGUGUUGGAUGGGCAAGUUAAAUUUCCCCUGAUGGAAAAACUGGUCUAAGCUCUGUGGAUACCAGCGCACCACACUCUGCAAGAGGACCAGGUAACUCUAGUCAAUCAAUCAUUCCUUAUUUUCUCAUUUAUGAUGCUUGAUAUAUUUAUUAACCAGUUUACACUAUGAUUGCUGAAAUAUAAAUCUCUGGUACGUUUUUGUAUAUUGAUAUGUAUAUGAUUAGUACAGUAAGUCAGUUUAACUAUAUCUAUUUUCUCAAAGUAGAAAAACAAAUGUCCCCUUUCAAUGGAAUUUGGAGUGGAGUCUUUUCAAGUUAAUGGCAGUCCCUUCAGUUGUUAGGGAGAUAUAGUUUGGAAACAUAAGGAAGAAAUCUAUUUGCCUUUGUAUGCUACUAUACUUUAUUUUUCAGAGAGAGUACAGUGUUUUCUCUUCUGAAGUAAAGGCAGUUGUGAACUUUGCCUUACAAACCAGUUGCACUGAAAUCAUGCCAAUCAUAUAAACUUCCCUCAAUGUGAUAUAUUUUGUGGGACCUUUUGGACGAAGGACCUUAUUCCUAUUGUUAUUUCUAUGUCAGUUAUUCUCUAAGUGCUUCUCACUUUAAACUGUUUUGCAGACUUCUCCAACUCUGAGAGCCUAUCACUUUGUAAAUAUUGUUUCUGAAAUAAAUUAUAUUUUUUCCAGAGCACUUUAAUAAACAAAGAGAGCCAA